CACACUGCUCCACACGUGUUUCGCCCGUAAACAUUUCGGCAUGUUGCAGAAAUCGUAGGAUUUAUUGAAGAAAAUCAAGGAAACGGGACGAACAGACGCCACAAUGACGCACCUGCGAGCGGAUGAGAAGCCGGAGUCGGAGGAGCGGAGGUCCGUGUUCAAGGAGAGCAGCUGCAUCUUCCGGCGCAACCGAGCACUCGGCUACGUGAGCAACCAUGUUCCGGCGGUCACCCGCUACAUUCUGCGUCGCCGGGACACGCUGCUGAUCACCUGCAUCGGCAGAUCCUUCCAGGUGUACACCGCCAACCACUUCCGGCUGCUGCACGUCAGCGGCCUGCAUCCGGACGAGAUCACGGCCCUGGCCACCGAUCGCCUGCACACGUACUCGGCGAGCAACAAGUGCAUCUUCGCCUGGCGGGCGGGCAAACACAUCAGGCACGUUUACCGUGGCCACCAGAAGGAUGUCCACCUUCUGCUGCCCUUUGGCACCAGUUUGAUUGCCAUCGAUCGGGACAAUGUGCUGAAGGUGUGGAACAUACCCACCGAGGAUGUCUAUCUGGAGGUGCCCUUCCGGUCCGAGGAGUUCCAGAUCACGGCGGUGGCCCAUCCGCCCACGUACAUCAACAAAAUCGUGCUGGGCUCCCAGCAGGGGCAGCUCAAGAUCCUGAACAUCAAGAAGAACAUCGUGGUGUGCACAUUGAGCCACCACAAGAGCCGGAUAACCUGCAUUGAACCUGCCCCGGCUCUGGACGUCGUGGCUGUGGGUCAUGGAGACGGUGCCAUCGUUCUGGUAAACCUGAAGUUCGACGAGUUGCUAAUGAAGUUCCACCAAGACUGGGGUCAGGUCACCAAGCUCUCCUUCCGCACCGAUGGCCCGCCCAUCCUUGUGUCGGCCUGCAGCAAUGGUUACAUGGCCUUCUGGAAUCUGGAGGAGCGCAAGUUAGCCGGUCAGGUGCAAGCGCACGAGGAGUCGGUGACCACGGCCAUUUGCCUGCCCAGCGAACCCGUGGUAUUCACCACCUCGCCAGACAAUUCCAUGAAGACGUUCAUCUUCGAUAUGCCGGACGGUGGGGCAAGACAGCUGAGGAUCCGCGAGGGCCACACAAAGCCGCCCCUCUGCAUCCGCUUCCACGGCCACGCGGGCGUCUCCAUUCUCUCCUCCGGCGAGGACAGCACCAUGAGGGUAUUCUCCACCAUCUCCGAGUCGCUCAACAAGAGCAUGGGCAGAGCCACCUACAACCCAGCUGCCACUAAAAAGAAGAAUCGCUUCCAGUUCGACAAAUUUGGCAUGCCACCCAUCCUGGAGUUCACCUCGGAGACGGCUCGCGAGAAGGAGUGGGACAACAUUGCCGCCAUUCAUGCUGGCAUUAUUCAGACGACCACCUGGUCGUUCAACAAGAACCGCAUGGGCCAACACCGUCUGGUGCCGAAGCAGUUCCAGAACAAAAACCGCACAGAUUUCGGAAGCGAGACCACCUGCAUCGUGCUGACGCACUGCGGCAACUUUGUGAUUAUCGGCUACAACACUGGCGACAUCGAGCGCUUCAAUAUCCAGUCGGGCCUCCAUCGAGCUACCUACGGCACGCCGGGCCACAAGAUGGCAGUGCGCGGCUUGGCCAGCGACAACCUCAACCAGACGGUCAUCUCUGGCUGUUCGGAGGGUCUGCUGAAAUUCUGGCCCUUCAAAGGAAAGCUGUUAAAGCCCGUGGCCCCGGUGGCCGUCCUACGGCUGGCUGAUGGCAUUUCCCUAAUGCGACAGCACCGCGAGAGCUCCAUGCUGGCCAUCGGUCUCGAGACUUUCAAGGUCUAUGUGGUGGACAUGCACACGCGGGUGAUUGUCCGCAAGUUCGUCGGUCACACGGCCAAACUGAAUGACCUCACCUUCAGUCCGGACAGUCGCUGGCUGAUCACCGCCGCCAUGGACUCCACGAUCAAGGUGUGGGACAUACCCUCCUCCUACAUGGUGGAUCACUUCCGGGUGCAGACGCCUUGCAUAUCGUUGAGCAUGUCGCCCAAUGGUAAUUUUCUGGCCACCGCGCACGUUGGCCUCCUGGGCAUCUACCUGUGGGCAAACAAGACACUCUUCAAUCAGGUUUCCCUGCGCUCCAUCGAUCCCCUGGAGCCGGCUCCCUAUGUGGGAUUACCCACAAAUGUGUGCGUUGCCAUGGAACUGGAGGACGGCAUGCAGGAGCUGGAGAUUGACGAUGAGGACGAGUCGAAGCUCGGCGAGCUAGUCGAUGCCAAGUACGAAACUCCAGCCCAGCUGUCCGAGGAGUUGAUAACGCUUUCCGGAUUGGCUGCCUCUCGCUGGCAGAACCUAUUGGACUUGGAGCUCAUCAAGCAACGCAAUAAGCCCAAGGCGCCACCAAAGGCUCCCAAGCAGGCUCCCUUUUUCCUGCCCACCGUUUCGGGCCUAGAGCUGCGCUUCGAUGUGCAGAAUGGGCAAAAGGAAGAGGAAAACUCCCGCAUCCGAAAGGCUUCCACGCUCAACAAUCUAACUGCCUUUGGCCAGCUGCUGGAGGAGACCUCAGACAGCCAGGAUUUCGCUCCCGCUGUGGCGCACUUGACCCAACUGGGUCCCUCGAUGGUCGACUUCGAGAUCAAGUCGCUACACCCGGAGGCUGGAGGAACUCUCCUCGCCAUGCUGCAGUUCCUCAAACUCAUCGAGUUUAUGUUCGGCACCAACCUGAACUUUGAGCUGGCUCAGUCCUAUCUGAGUGUCUUCCUGCGAUCCCACGGCCUCGGACUGACGGAGUCGCCGGAGUUGGUCAAGGCGCUGCGCAGUGUGGCCAAGGUGCAGCAGGAGGCGUGGCAGCGCGUGGAGGAGAAGCUGGUCUACGGCACUGGCGUGGUGGCUGCCCUACGGAACUUUGCGCAUUAGCUUCUACCAUCUACAGAACAUUAGAGUUCAUCUUACAACUUUGUAAAUAAAUUUACAAGACCUUUUAAA